UUGGAACACGCACUUUAAGCAGUUUGUUUGAAUCAUAAAUUGAAGAAGUAUAAAUUGAAGAAUUAAAAUCAUAAUGAUUUUUAGCUUUAAAAUGGUUAAAAAAAUAACAUUUCUUUUAAUCAGUGUAUGUCAUUUGUGUUCAGCACAUUUUGACACAUCGCUUUUUAAUGGAUUAACCGAAAUAGAGAACGUUGACAUCUCGCAUACGUUUCACCACCAUAGAAAACGAUCGCUACAAAUCAAAGUUGCUCCUGCAUUUAUACGGACAACACUUACAGGUCCUGAUUUAGAUGUACAGCUGCGGUUCGUGAGGAAAGAAACUCAUAUUUUACAAGAGUCAUCGGCUCCAAAUCGAUGUACAUGUAUGUAUGAAGACGCCAGUAACUUUGCCCAUGCUCUGGUCGACAUAUGCAAAGGACAAGGGACUCUCUUGAUGGCAGAACUGUACCGUCAAGAUGAAUUGUUCAUUAUUCUGCCCGGAACCCAGGACGCAAACUCACACAGUCUGUUUAGGGUGUCUGAAAACUCUACAUAUACAGGGGAAGAUUAUACUUCGGAUAAAUCAAGACCAUCAAACAUUAGUGAAAGGCAAAAACGGGGGACAACAGCUCAGGCGUAUAUUGCCGAACUUUGUUUUGUGGUUGACUACAAGCUGUACCAGUUUUGGUACGAUAAGACGUCUGCCACACUGUCCGCAACCAACAGGGAUCAGAUGGCACUCACGAUGAUCGAGAACUUCUAUGCUUUCAAAGGGAACGGGAUUGAUCUACGGUUCAGAGGGCUGAGCAUGUACAACAUGGAUAUAGCAGCACGGCUGACAGGAAUCUAUGUGAUUAAGAUUUCCGCAGAAGCAUCAACUUUUAUCACUCAAGUCGACUAUACGUCAUCGUCACGUGGUCAGGUUGCUGCGGAUACGUUACUUUCCGCAUUUGACACUUAUGUCACCAACAAGAGGGCAGCCGACAGCUCAUUUCCGAACGCCGAUCAUUAUAUGCUUCUUACUGGUCACGACCUAUCUUUGUCUGGACAACUUGGAGCCGCUGGAUAUGCGGAGGCUAAUUCCAUUUGCGGUACAAAUGCAGUUUCCGUCUCCCUCGUAGAAGAAACCUUCAACUUCCUAUCAGUGGUCACUAUGGCACACGAGCUGGCACACACUAUUGGUGGACGUCAUGAUGACGUCAUUAGCGAAUGUAAUAACGACGGCGGGUACAUCCUCUCUGCCUCCAACUCCGUAAGGACGGGAUCACGAGCUAGGCAUCCGUGGAUAUUUUCACAGUGUUCCGCCACCGACAUGCAGACAUUCAUUGCGAAUUUGGACAACACAUGCCUUACGACAUCUGCUAGCGGAAGUGACCUCACCAUAAGCGGAAGGACGGCUCCAGGGCAAACAUAUUUACCAGAUAAACAAUGCGAGUACAUCAUAGGGUCAGGAUCGGUGUUUUCUAGGUCUUCUCACAUUGGAGCUUUUGACAAGAUAUGCACUGGGAUGUUUUGUACAAAAGGUGAUCCUCUGUCAGUAACGCUUGUUGUUCCAGCUGACGGUACAUCGUGUGGCAACAGGAAGUGGUGUUGGAAUGGUGAAUGUAUAGAGUCCAAUAGUGCACCCGUAAAGGAUGAAACUUGCUUGUACGGCGACCAGCCUGGUGAUUUUCUAGCCGGAACCACGUGUCAAGCGAGAGUCAGCAGUUACCAUGGUUACUGCUACACAUCGGAAACACGUGAACCGUGUUGUUCAUCGUGCGCAGCCGUACACUCAGGAAUAUCCGGAUGUGAAUACGGCGACCGCAAUGAUUGUAGCCAGAUACAUAAAUGGCAAUGUUAUACACAGACCAUUGCUGACACCUCCUGCUGUCAGACAUGCCUAAACUACAAGGGAACAAUACCAGGGUGUGAAUAUGGAAACAACGUGACCGGCUGCACCACUGCCGCGUGUGCCAGUGCACCCCAGCAGUGUUGCGAGACUUGCUACACUGGCGUACAACCCCAGCAAACCACCACCAGACUUGCAGAUGCGACAACGACGGCUCCGUCAGCGACUGGAAGACCGACCCAGGGACCAACGGUCCAGCCGACUGCGCGACCGACAUCAAUGUCGACCGAGAGUGGGCAAUCUGGAGAUAGUUUACCAAAGUGGGUGCUUCCGGCCGCCGCAGGUGGGGGAGGGGCGUUACUGUUGAUUAUCUUGGCAGUGUUGUUGUGUUGGUGCUGUAGAAGUAAACCUCAGAGGCGCCCAGCAUCACGCGAAACGUACCGUAGAAGGAAGAGUAGUGGUGCUGGUUACGGGUACAGAAAGCCAUCAUAUCCGGACAAUGCGAAUGGAUCAGGAAACCGAUAUGGUAACGGAGCCCGCCAUGGUAGAGGAGCUUACAACAACGGUUAUAGAUACUAGGACCAGCUGUAUUCAACUCUUCCUCAAUCUAUUUACCCUAUUGUUCUGUAAAUUUGUAUUAUUGCACAAAUAUUAUAGUGUUAUGAUAAUAUGAGAUUGAUUUUGUUUUUGUAUGAUGUAUUAUAAACACUUAUUCGGACAAUCCAAUAUUCGUUCAAAAGUAUUGAAAACAUGUUUUGUUCAGUAUUUUGACUAUUAUUCAAACAUUUAAUUUGUAUUAUCGCUCAUGUUAUUAUCAUGGAUACACUGUUAUUUUAAAGACAAUCCAACAAUUAUCGAUGUUUGUUUCAUUAAUUUGCUGAUGGGUUUCUAUGUAAUUAAUGGUUUGAAAGUUUAUGAGUGCGUGUUUUUAUACAAUUCUGUUCAUGUGGAGAUACGAAACCAUAUGAAACAAUAUAUUCUCUUCUUGUGUUUA